UUCCCCUAGAAACUCUAAAAAGCCCAACGGCCCAAACAAACGAAUCACACAUUCACACCCCAGAUAUAAAACGCCAUCAGUCGUCGUUUCAGAAACCCUAAAUCUUCAAACAGGUCAUUUGUAAUCGUCAUUGCGGCGGUGCCUGAAGAUGAAGUUCAACAUUGCAAAUCCGACAACUGGAUGCCAGAAAAAGCUCGAAAUUGACGAUGACCAAAAGCUUCGUGCCUUUUAUGACAAGAGGAUUUCUCAGGAAGUCAGCGGAGAUGCACUUGGAGAGGAAUUCAAGGGUUAUGUGUUUAAGAUCAUGGGAGGCUGUGAUAAACAGGGCUUCCCAAUGAAGCAGGGAGUGUUGACUCCAGGACGUGUUCGUCUUUUACUUGUUCGAGGUACCCCAUGCUUUAGAGGUUAUGGAAGGCGUAACGGUGAGCGAAGAAGGAAGUCUGUUCGUGGAUGCAUUGUGAGCCAAGAUCUCUCUGUUUUGAACUUGGUCAUUGUCAAAAAGGGUGAUAACGACCUUCCUGGUUUAACCGAUGUCGAGAAACCAAGGAUGAGAGGUCCCAAAAGAGCUUCAAAGAUCCGGAAGCUUUUCAACCUCUCUAAGGAAGAUGAUGUCAGGAAGUACGUGAACACCUACAGACGUACUUUCACAAACAAAGCUGGGAAGGAAGUGAGCAAAGCUCCUAAGAUCCAGAGGUUGGUGACACCGUUGACCUUGCAAAGGAAGAGGGCUAGAAUUGCUGACAAGAAGAAGAGGAUUGCGAAGGCUAAAUCUGAGGCUGCCGAAUACCAGAAGCUUCUUGCUACAAGGUUGAAGGAGCAGAGGGAAAGGCGUAGCGAGAGCUUGGCGAAGAAGAGGUCUAGGUUGUCAGCGGCUUCUAAGCCGUCUAUUGCUGCUUAGGCUGCUGCUAGAGGUUUGAACUUUGUGUUCAGUGGGAGGUUGUUUCGAUGAUAGCAAGUUAUUGGUUUUGAUACUUUUUUGUUAUAAGUUUAUUUGACUGAUUAUGGCACACUAAAAGUUUUUGGGAUUAUGGUUAUUCAUGUUUGAAUUAAUUUGUUCUGUUCUGUUUUA